ACGCCGCAGGGGCGUAGCUCUGAUUUCCAACGUGCUCGUAUGUCAUGACACCGCUCUUGAGUGAGAACGAGUGAAAUCCUGAAGAUGUCUCUCUACCGAAACACAGUUUGGUUCCUGAAGGGUCUACAGGAAUAUACGAAGGGCGGCUAUGAGGCAGCGGCGAGGAGCUUCAGCGAGGCGGAUCUGGAGGUGAAUGUGAGCGGCCGCUCGUUCAUCAUCACCGGAGCGAACAGCGGCAUCGGUAGAGCCGCCGCCUGCGAAAUCGCCAAAAGAGGUGGGACAGUACAUCUGGUGUGCAGAAAUGAAGAUCGUGCAAAUGAGGCAAGGAAAGACAUUGUGGAGAGAUGUAAAAAUGAGAAUGUCCAUGUUCACCUAGUUGACAUGUCCAGCCCCAGGAAAGUGUGGGAGUUUGCUAGUGGAUUCUCUCAGAAACAUAAUCUACAUGUUCUGAUCAAUAAUGCUGGUUGCAUGGUCAAUCAGAGAGAACUGACAGAGGAUGGCCUGGAGAAAAACUUUGCGACAAACACACUAGGGACGUAUGUACUGACAACAGCGCUGAUUCCCACACUGAAGAAGUCAGAGAAUCCCAGAGUGAUCACUGUGUCAUCUGGUGGGAUGCUGGUUCAGAAGUUAAAUGUAGAGGAACUUCAGUUUGAGAAAGGCUCUUUUGACGGCACCAUGGCCUAUGCACAGAACAAGAGGCAACAGGUGAUCAUGACAGAGCAAUGGGCAGCUCAGCACAAAGAAAUCCACUUCUCGUCAAUGCACCCAGGCUGGGCAGACACCCCAGCUGUGCAGUCAUCCAUGCCAGAUUUUCAUGCAAAAAUGAAGAAUAAACUCCGUACCGAAGCUCAAGGUGCAGACACAGUGGUGUGGCUGGCCAUAUCAGAUGCCGCCAGCAGACAGCCCAGCGGCCUCUUCUUCCAAGACAGAAAAGCGGUUUCUACGCAUCUGCUUCUGGCCUCCUCCAGGUCUUCACCAGCUGAAGACCAGAAGCUGAUGAGCAAGCUGGAGGAGCUCGCUGUGAAAUUCAAGUGUUAAUUGUUUGGGUUAGCGGCCAAAUUCACAGAAGCCAUCAUUCCACACACAGACUGUGAUAUUCAUUCUCAAUAACGGUGAGAAUUGCAGAGAUGUGAAAAGCUCAUGAAUACUAUAACAAAACUGCUUACCAAAACAAUCUGAAAUGUUUCAAAUAUUUCAAACCUAUUGUCUGUUCUUCAAACAAAUACACUCCAAAGCAUUUUAUUAUACUAGUUUGAGGCAAGAAACUAGUACAUCCACUUUUUGCAAUGGCUGUUUUUUUGAGUUUAUCGAUUUUGAAGUCAAAUGACAUCUGUGGUUAACAUUCUGCAUUAAUUGUUUGCAGUCUUACCUCUAACAUGAAUGUUGAAGCUGCUGUGCUAAAUGAGUAGAACAACCUCAAGGAACUGAGUUUGCAUGCUUGAUGAAUCAGACAACUGUUUCAGUAUGUAAAUAGCAGAUUAUUUAUUCAUAAAUCUAAAACUGCUAUUCCAAAAAACAAACUGACAUCAAGAACAUGCUAUGCAACACUACCUAUAACUCAUAUUCAAAUUAAACAAAUACAUGUGAAGAUAAAUAGGAAGAAAUAUUCUAGACCUGCCCCUUAAAUACACUUACAAAUGAGUUUGUAGUUAACUAGCCAGUUAUUAACUAAAAAUGACUUUUUAUUUUUGUCAAUUUGUUACGACUGACAUGAUUCUUAAUUAAAGAUAAUAAUGAACAAUUAAUCUCUCUGUCUCAAUCUUUUAGGGAAGUCAUUAUUAUAUGUU